GCGGGGACGGGGGCGGGGCGGAGCCGAGGCGGAAGCGCCCGCGGAGGGCACCGCUGCGCGCUGUCCCCGACCCGCCCCUCCUCAGCCCGGUACUGCCCUCGGCCCGGUACUGCCCUCGUCCAGCCGCGCCGGACCCGGGGGUCAGUGUCAUGUGACUUCUGUCCCUGACUACGAGCCUGAGCUCCAACCUCUAGGGUCUCUUGUGCCAUCCCCAUCUGUGCUGUGUGCCAUGGUGGCACUGUGGGCCCUCGCUCUGGCCUUGGCCAUAGGCCUGGCCACUGCUGGCCCACCUAACAUCGUGCUGAUCUUUGCUGAUGACCUGGGCUAUGGGGACCUGGGCUCCUAUGGGCACCCCAGCUCCACCACCCCUAACCUGGACCAGCUGGCUGCAGGGGGGCUGCGCUUCACCGACUUCUAUGUGCCCAUGUCUCUGUGCACACCCUCCCGGGCUGCGCUCCUGACCGGCCGACUGCCAGUUCGAAUGGGCCUGUACCCUGGGGUUCUGGAGCCCAGCUCCCGAGGGGGCCUGCCCCUGGAGGAGGUGACCCUGGCUGAGGUCCUGGCUGCCCGAGGCUACCUAACAGGGAUAGCUGGCAAGUGGCACCUUGGGGUGGGGCCUGAGGGGGCCUUUCUGCCCCCCCACCAGGGCUUCCAUCGAUUCCUGGGCAUCCCAUACUCCCAUGACCAGGGCCCUUGCCAGAACCUGACCUGCUUUCCGCCGUCCACCCCCUGUGAUGGCAGCUGUGACCAGGGCCUGGUCCCUGUCCCACUGUUGGCCAACCUGUCCGUGGAGGCACAGCCCCCCUGGCUGCCAGGACUUGAGGCCCGCUAUGUGGCUUUCGCCCGUGACCUCAUGGCUGAUGCCCAGCGCCAGGGCCGGCCAUUUUUCCUGUACUACGCCUCUCACCACACCCACUACCCCCAGUUCAGUGGGCAGAGCUUCUCUGGGCGCUCAGGCCGAGGGCCAUUUGGGGACUCCCUGAUGGAGCUGGAUGCAGCUGUGGGAGCCCUGAUGACAGCUGUGGGGGACCUGGGGCUGCUUGGAGAGACGCUGGUCAUCUUCACUGCAGACAACGGGCCUGAGACCAUGAGGAUGUCCCAUGGUGGCUGCUCUGGCCUUCUUCGUUGUGGAAAGGGAACCACCUUUGAGGGAGGUGUCCGAGAGCCUGCCUUGGCCUUCUGGCCAGGUCACAUCGCUCCUGGGGUGACCCAUGAACUGGCCAGCUCCCUAGACCUGCUGCCCACCCUGGCAGCCCUGACAGGGGCUCCGCUGCCCAACGUCACGUUGGAUGGUGUUGACCUCAGCCCCCUGCUGCUGGGCACAGGCAAGAGCCCCCGGCAGUCUCUCUUCUUCUAUUCGGCCUACCCAGACGAGGUCCAUGGGGUCUUUGCUGUGCGGAGGGGAAAGUACAAAGCUCACUUCUUCACCCAGGGCUCUGUCCACAGCGAUACCACGCCAGACCCAGCCUGCCACGCCUCCAGCCCUCUGACUGCCCAUGAGCCCCCGCUGCUCUUUGACCUGUCUGAGGACCCUGGUGAGAACUACAACCUUCUGGGAGGCUUGGCUGAGGUCGCCCCAGAGGCAAUGCAGGCGCUGAAGCAACUUCAGCUGCUCAAGGCCCAGUUUGAUGCUUCUGUGACCUUCAGCCCCAGCCAGAUGGCCCGGGGUGAGGACCCUGCCCUGCAGAUCUGCUGUCAGCCUGGCUGCACCCCCCGGCCAUCCUGCUGCCACUGCCCAGAGCCCCAGGCCUGAGAGCACAGGUGCAGGCCAGCCCGGGGCGCCUCGCCCGACCCAAGCAUGGCAUGGUUCACUGCUGUGUGCGGGCGUGCAGAGGUGCUUUGUACCUGAUGACGCUAAUAACACCAGCUGGUACUCAUAGGUGUGAUAAUUCAUCUAAUCCUUGUGAUAACCCCGAGGUAGGUGCUGUUCUACCUAUGUUACAAAUGAGGAAACUGAGGCAUGGAGUGAUCCAGCGAUUUGUCUGAGGUCACCCAGCUGUAAGAGGUUGGGCAGGGAUCUGAACCCAGGCAUCCUGGCUUCGGGAGCUGCCCCACCACCGCUGUGAUUGUGUGUCAGUGCAAGCUUGGUUCCUGAGUGUGAGCGUGUCCCUUCACGGAAGCCAUAGUAAGUGCUUUAGUAAGUGACAGGAACAGGGUGGGGUGGGUGUGAGGGCAUGGUAGACAGAAGACCCUGAAGUUGCAGAACACCCAGGAGCACCUCCCUGGAAGACACAUUCCUGGAGGCACUAGAACUAGGGCACUGGGGCUCUUAGCAGAAACCUGUCUGAAAGCAGGUGAUGAUCAGCACAUUCCAGGUGGGAACAAGGGGAGAUAAGCUCCUGAGAUAGCUCCCCAAGCUCUGCCUCUGCGCCUUCCAAAGCUCCGCAUUUUCCGCCUCCCCACACAUUUCCUGGCCUCUCCACCCAGCAGACAAAGGCAUACCUCAGGGUUGGUUCCAUCCCUGCUCAAAACUCUGCAGCUGCCCAUGGUGCUCAGAAUUAAGUUCAAACUCCUUAGAGGCCCUGUACCCCCUGAGGCCUGCCCUCCUCGCCACCCAGCAGCCCUCAGCCCUCAGCCCUGGCGUGCUGGCCUGGCUGUCCUCUGUGGGGCCAGCAUGCUCUGUCAGUGGCUCUGCAGAGAGGACUCCUGACUGCCCAUCUGUACCCACAGCAGCAGUGUGUAGGCCUUGUAGUCAGUCACCUUGUGUGUGUGCUCAUGGCAGGUCCACACAGGCCCCAUGUGGUCCCUCAGGCUUGCCUCGGGUGCUCGAGGGCAGCAUCCACUUCCCUACUAAUAGACCCCCGCUUUUCCAGUGUUGGGCAGAGGCCCAUUGACUAGCAGGUACAGCCUCUCCCUGACCCAGUCUGAGCCAGGCACAAGCCAAUCCAAUGAUUGGUCCAGGAAUGGCAUGUGACUAAGAGUCCUGGUCAGUGAAAGGUCAGUGGCAGUCCACCAGGACGCUUGGGUCCCCUGCAGCAUUCUUCCUCGGUGGGCAGUGAGGCUGGUGCUCUUGCUGCCCCUGACCAGACAUCCUGCAGCUGCUAAACCAGUGUCUCCAGUCACCUACCUCCAGAGCUCACAGUCUAAUAAACCCCACCUGUUUAAGUCACGGCUAGUGGGUUACCUGUUACUUUCAGCCCAGAGAAGUCUUGCUGGAAUGGGACAUGCGAAUGGGAUGUACGGCAACCACAUGUGCGAGUGCCGGCGAGAGCCUGGGCUGUCAGGCGCGGUGUCCUGAGGCCCUCACUGGAUCCUCCAUGUGGCUCUUCCAUCACUUCCGGGCUGGCUCAGGGGCUCCACUGACCAUGCCCCAGAUCCUGCUGUGCCUUGGGGCUGCCCCCAUAGGGCAGUGGUUUCCUUGGGGACCCUUGCAGCCACUGAUGCUGGCAUAAGGAGGCCCCAGAUGAGCUGUGCCCUCCCCCUAUAGGCUGCAGCUUCUCUCUUCCAGUGGGGUACACAGUCACCUCAAGGUGCCCUGGUUCCAGAGUGAGGACUGGGGAGCGGGAGCGGGCACACCGUCUGUGCAUGACCUCCAAAGACCAAACACUCAGCAAGAACCACACCAGCGCUGACACCCAUGCGUAGCACCAGGCACGGGCUGCUCCAGGCCCCCUCGGGCCAAGUUUGCUCGGCACCAAGUGCUGUGCAUGGUGCUGGGGCCCAGAUCAUCGGGGGGGACCCAUCCCUGUUCCCGUGCACUUCUUGUCUAGCAAAGGGUAUGGGCGUCAACCCUGAGAUCGCAGACAGGUGGAACCCCGGCGUGUUAGGGGCCCCUUGCUCCUGGGUGGGGGUGUGGAGGCAUGUGGCUGUUGCCUGAGAAGGGACAAUGGGGGAUCCAAAUGUUCUCUAACUUGAUGGGAGGGUGGAAGCAUGGUCCGUACAUGGGUAUAAAGCUACACACUUAGGUUGUCACGUGUGUGUUAUAUCCUUCAAGAGAAAGGAGAAUUUCGCUGAUAAAUGCCACAAAGGAAGAGUGCAGGUCCUCCAAAAGCAUGAUCCCUGGGGGAGAGGCGGUGCAGAAAUCACUGAACACAUCAGGGAUGCUUCGCCGUUGGCUGAGAUCUGAGGAGGGGUGUUGAAACCCACCCUCUGCCUCCAAGGCUUGCGAGAGGAGCAGACUCUCUCACCCUCUCAACCCACUUUUGGUUUUGCUGUGAGGGCUUUUGGAAGCAGAAAUACUUGUCUCUCAGCAUUUCAGCUGCUCCUCAUCCAGUCACUUGUGUGCACACGCACUUGCACACAUGCACGCAUACAUGCUGAGAGACGUGCACACAUACACACACUUGUCGUGGCCCCAGAUGCUGUCUGCAAUGUCCCUGCACUUCCCUUUCUUCUCUGCUGCUAUUUAAAAAACAGCCCCUUUUCCUGUGAGUUAAGAUUCAUCCAUUCACCAGACUGGUGGCUUUCCAUUCCCACAGAGCGACUUCCUCCGGCAGCCCAGUCUCCUCUGGGAGGAGCUCUGUGGGUUUGGAAUGGACAGAACGCGCACCCUGGCGCUGCUGCUUCCCUUCAGGUGCAUUAGGAAGGAAGAGUGGCGGGCAGAGGGGCCGCACCUGCAGAGAGACCACCCCUCCCCCUCCAGCACUCCCCCCCCCCCUUGCUCACAUGCUCGGCUGUCCCCCAAGUGACCAGAAGGGGGAGCAAAGGGGAUGUUUCCAUGGAAUAAUGCUCAUUUGCCUCUUCCCUGAACCAUGUACUUGUUAGAGCAGCCCAGGCAAUGCCUGCACUCCCAGGCUGAGUUCUCUGUGCUCAUGCAAAUCAUGUUUUAAUCAUGGCUUUACCUUGUUGCACCCUGACCCUGCCUUUCAAGGGUCUGAUGUGUCCUGUCACCUCCUUGACUUCAGGCCUGGUGCAGGGUUCGCAAUAACAGAGGGAGGUCUGCCUUUACUUAUGCCUCGCCCUCAGCCUCCUCGGCUUGUGUGUGCAGGUCCCCCCUCUGAGUGGUCACAGCCACAGGGGCAAGGUGUGACACCCCCCCCCAGCACAAACUGCAUUUUCCUGGCAGCCCCACACCCCCCACAGCAAGGAGGGAGAGCUGAGUCUCUCUCUUCAAGUGGUCUCAGAAGAAAGGGACCCAAGGGAGAAAGAGGGGUCUGAGGUGCCAUUUGAGCCGACAGGAAAGUCGGGCCCUGGAGAGAACAGUUGGGGGGGUGGCCUGGCCCAAGACUCCACAACAAGAGCAGAAACCUCUCCACAUCACUUUGCAAAUACUGUAACAACGUGGUGCCCAGAGCCUGCCCUCCCCAGGGAACACCCAAUGCCCGGUGGGAACUGCAGCGCUCCUCAGACCUGGAGGGAUAGAACCCGCAUCCGGCUCCCUGCUCCACGGGGAGCCUGCUUCCCCCUCUCCCACUCCCCCUGCUUGUGCUCUCUCGCUCUCUCUGUCAAAUAAAUAAAUAAAAUAUUUUUUUUAAGUUA